AUCAAAUGUGGACUGUGACUUGGCAUUCAUGCUUAAGGAUCGAUGUUACUUGGUGAAAUGUUUCUCAGAGGAUCGUUGCCAGGCUCUCCCGGCCCGUGGAGUCGAUUUCUCGUUUAAUCAAAAAAUGGCGUUUGUUGCUCCUUGGCUUUUUGAGAAAAAUAAGAAGAUAGUGGAAGUUCCAUCAGGCAAAUCUCCCCAUCACCUUCAGUGCAUACAAAGCAAACUAUACACGGACUCUCAGUUAUUAGACGGGCCUGCAGCAGGACAUUAUACAGACAUAGGACCCGUCAGUAACGUACAUACGUGCACGCGACUCUGCUGCGAAGAUGCAAAAUGCGACGUCGCAUACAUGUUUGGCAAGAACUGCUUCCUUGUCAAGUGCUACAGUGAAAAAGCAUGUCGUGUUGUGAAGACACCAGGUUUAAACGACAAACCAUCGAAAAAGAAUCAUCAAAAAACUGUGCAGUACAUCGUGAAGAGAACGUUUGGUGUKGCAGUGCGUGAUGAUGGUAAGCACGUUAAGAUGAUAAAACCAGGUGAAAACAUUUGCCGAUUGGAUGGCAAAAUACGCAGGAAGACCACCCUUAGAGCAGGCAUGCUGUCAGGAAAACUAACACCUCAUAAAAAGGUCAAAGGCAUGAAAUCCUGUGUCAAAAAAUGUUGCUCRCARAAAAAUUGUCACGUGGCGUUGAUGACGUCAGGAAAGUGUUAUUCGGUAUACUGUACGAACCCUGACUAUUGUUCACCUAAGGACGCGCCAAAAGAAAUGCUYCAUGAUAAUCCGAUGGUCGCCUUUGUAAGGCGUGGAGAUGUUAGCUUUGCUCCUGGAUCCAAGUCAUCCGUAAAGACUAAAGUACCUGYCGCUGUGCGAAAUCCUUUUGCAAGCCUUGCAUCUCUGCCGUUUUUCCCAAAGCUACAAAUUCCUAUGGAAAAAUCCUCAUACCCAGGGGAUCCAAUGAAACCUGCUUAUCCAGUUAGUCCGGACAAUCCGGUUUUUCACUCAUAUCCUGAAGACGCUGCCAGUAAUAAUGAAGGUUUAAAUCUGGACGAUCCUGUUGAACUGGUUUUAAAUCCGGGUGAUAUUCUUAAUUCGGCUACUCGGGGUGCAAAACCGGCUAAACCAGUCAAUCCKGUUAGUCAAAAUAACCAAAAUGUCCCCCAAGUGUAAUUUAUUGAAAAAAACGAAUUGUUUUUGUAUAUUGCAACUGCUUAAAUUAAGAAGCGAUUAYUUAAAUGGAGUUCGAGUUUAAUAAGGACUUCAAACGUAUGAAGCUACGCUGGUAAACAUUGUUCACUCUUUUGAUAAAAUUAAUAAAAGUAUGGUAUCUUGUUUUUUAA